UCAAACAAAUGUCAAAUGAAACCGAUUAUUUGUUGUGAGUUCCUUGUUAUUUUACAAAUUAGGUACAAUUUCCUUUUCAAAAAUUUAUUCUGUUUAUUUUAAUACGAAAGCAACUUCAGGAUAUCGUCUAAUAAAUCUAUAUAUCUAAAAUAUGGGAGAUAAAGAAAUCAAUCGUAGUUAAAACGUAUUAUGUCGGCUCGAAAUUACAUCUCGUCAGCUCGUGAGAGAAAUAUUAGUAAACUUAUUGAUUAUUUGCCACAAAUAAAUCAGCAGAAGAGUGGAUAUCGUUCUGGACAAGAGCUACCGGCAUUGUCGGCUAAUGGUGGAAGUUUAAUGAACAGAAAUCUUUUAUUUUCCUACAAGAUACCAUCCUACACGGCGGAUAGCUUAGAGAGGGCAAGCACACCUUUCUCGGACUUUUUCUCUGAAAGUGAAACAGGUACCCCAGACUUUAAUAGUGAAGAAAGUGACAGCAGUGCUGGGUCUGCAUUCAGACGGAACACAGCAGAGGCCACUAGGAGUUUGGCAGAGGAGUGGACGAGGAUUGAGAGAACCUUGUAUGAUGAAGAGGGGGAGAAGUGUACCCGGCCUCAGAUACUCGAGGAGUGCAGGCAAUGGAAAGAAUUACAUCCACAGCUUAGAGUUAUCGGCAAAGCUGUACCCCUACCAGAGAAGAGACUUUGUUACCGCCAGAUGGAUCACGAGGAGGUUAUAGCAAUGCACUACAGUAAUUAUGAACAGUUCAGCGAAAGUGAAGACAGGCUUUCCCAAAGCAGUACAGAUGUUACACCACAAAACUCUCCAAGAAUAUCCAUUGCUGAUGAAACUCAUGAACCAAAGUUGACUAGGAUCUCUGUUACAGAUGAAAUUCACGAACCAAAGUUAUCACGAGAAAAAGUUUCAUUCAAACUUCACGAAGAAAUUGAGUUACCUGAUACAUUUUGCUCUUUACUACAUAUCACUCCAAUACAAAUCCGAAGUCCUAUAUAUAGGAAAAAACUGAAUCAAACCGUACUGAGAUCAGAUAUAGCAUCAUCCAAAUGGAUGCGGAAUAGACCAGAAUCUUCUAUUUAUGAACGAAAUAGUGCUAAAUCAUUUGUUUCGCUGGAUACCAGAAAUUAUUUGAGACCGGAAAGUAAAAUCGAUAGUAAAAUAGUUAAUGCAAGAGUUUUGACAGCGAGGCAUAGGGAGUUAGCGAGAUUAGAACCUUUGUAUACUCCAGAGUCGCAAAAUGAUGGUAGUAAGUUAGUUAAUGGAUUACAGCAUUUUCAAAUAAGAAAAGUAUCUCUGCCUCCCUUACUCUUGGAAGAAGAAAAGAGAAAGGUUACAGUUGGUUCAGCUAGAAAGCAUAGUAAAUCAAGGAAGGGGACCUCGAAAAUCUAUUCGGAGAGAGUGAAACAUUGAAAGACCUAGUUCAGUAGUAUUUUUUUUUGUAUUUUUUUUUUGUUUUUCAAAUGAAUUAUUAUUGGACCAAGUUUUUAAUGUCGAGCUGUUUUUGUUGGUGAGUUCUUUAUUGUUGUAAAUAUUGUCAAGGAAUUAA